AUGGUCAAUUUUAUUCUUGUCACGGGUGCGACCGGCUUCAUCGGCGCCCACAUCGUCGACGUGUUACUCGCUCGUGGUAUGCGAGUGCGUGGCGCGACACGUUCGCUGGAGAAAGGCGAUGCUAUGAUCAAGGCUCGUCCACAGCAUUCAGGGAGACUGGAGUUUGUGCAUAUCGAUGACUUUGAAAAGCCUGGGGGCUUGAUGGAAGCCGCUCAAGGAGUAGAUGGAGUGAUCCAUACGGCCAGUCCUUUCACAUAUAACACCACGAACAAUGAACGCGAGCUUAUUCUUCCCGCAAUAAAUGGCGUACGAGCAGUUCUCGAAGCGGCUAGCAGCAAUUCACAAAUACGGCGCGUCGUCAUUACUUCUUCCUUCGCUUCCGUCCUUGAUACCAAUCGCAAAAGCCCUCCAUAUUUCACCUACACUGGUGCGGAUUGGAACCCUCUCACCUACGAGGAGUCUGUGGACCCAACUACGAAUGCUAUAAUUGCGUAUCGCGGGUCGAAGAAAUUCGCUGAGCUGGAAGCCUGGAAAUAUGUGGAGGAACACAGUCCGACGUUCGAUAUUGUCGCACUAUGCCCCCCUAUGACAUUUGGACCGGUGGUGCACCCCGUUGUUCACGUGGAUAAACUGAAUGAGUCGAAUGCGAUGUUGUGGAAGAUUGCCAGUGGAGAAAACCCUCUGCCUGUUGCACGAGUGCCAUUCUGGAUUGAUGUGCGUGACCUAGCCAUUGCCCAUGUUGAGUCACUACUUCGAGAAGAGGUGGGUGGCAAACGAUAUGUUCCUUCGUCCCCAGAGCGAUUUUCCUAUGGCUUGGCUGCAAAGAUCAUAGCGGAGGAGUUCCCUGAUCUAAGAACCAAAGUCACCCAAGAAGACCAAGUCGUUGAUGAGAGUUGUGGGUUGGAUGGUCAAACUGCUGCAAUGGAAUUGGGAUACAAGUAUCAUUCAUUCCAUGAUACUGUAAGAGAUCUCGUAUCUCAGUCAGUCUCGCUAAGCGAAAGAUCACGCAGCUGUUAG